UCAUUAGCUCAAACAUUCAACCAACAAGCAUUGAAGAGCAAACAUCAUAAUGAAGUACAUACCAGAGAUCAAUUACAAUGCCGAUGAUAAAGUGUGGAGUGGCCAAGAGCCGCCCGCAUAUUUCGCAAGUGAUCUUUCUGUCGGGGAAGUUAUUUUCCAUGAAAUGCAACGCCAUCCAAAACUUAUUGCGCAGAUAUCCGCCUCGGAGAAUACGGUGUUGACAAGGGAAGAACUCCUCUUGAACUCAAUGCGAGUGGCCAACUACUUGAGGAAUAUGGAACUUGAGCAAUCGGAUGUCAUUGGACUUAUUGCCAGGAAUACUACGCAUAUAACAGCUGUUGCCUAUGGCUGUUUCUUUAAUGCCAUGGCUUUUCAUUCGCUCAACAUAAAUUUCGAGCAGGAGAAGAUUGAACACCUCUUUAACAUGACCAAGCCAAAGAUUAUAUUUUGCGAUGGCGAUGAAUACGAGAAGGUAAAGGCUGCCACAAAGCAACUGAAUGUGCGAAUUGUGACAAUGAGGAAUCACAAGGUUGGUUCCAUCACCAUUGAGGAAGUUCUUAAGACACCCGUUGAUCAAUUCUUUCAACCUGCACGCCCAGAAUUGGGAAGCAAGCAGAAUUUGGUAAUUCUCUGCUCCUCGGGCACAACGGGAAAUCCUAAGGCUGUGACUAUGCCUAACAAUCCUGCUGACACCAAAAUGUUUCCUUUUGUAACCACCGUGGAUGUUCUGUACUCACCAAGUACUCUGGAUUGGGUAACAGGAUUACUUGUUACCAUUACAUCUGGAAUUCGAAGCGCAACACGUAUAAUUUCGGAUACACCCUUCAAUCCAAGUGAUUUAUUGCGACUCAUUAAGAAAUACAAGGUCACAUUUCUAAUGCAAGCUCCCCCACAUAUGGCGCUUAUGAUCAAUUGCCCCGAAUUCAAUGAGGAUUAUCUGAGCAGUAUACUUUAUUGUAUAUACACAGGAGCCGGUUGUUCAUUGGAAGUGCAACAAAGAUUUCGACAGCGGCUUUCACCCCAAAGUUUAUUCGUUUUUAGCUAUAGCUUUACAGAGUUCUGUGGCGUGGGAUCGAUUAAUUUGCACUUUGAUCAGAAACCUGGCUCAGUAGGUCGUUUAGCGGGUGGCUACAAAUUGAAAAUUCUAAACGAUCAACGUGAAACAUUGGGACCAAAUCAAGUUGGUGAGAUUUGCUUACACUCGGGCAAAUAUUGGGCCGGAUACUAUGGCAAUCCUGAGGAAAGUCGAAAGUUACGAGACAGCAACUUGUGGUAUCAAACUGGCGAUUUGGGUUACGUUGAUGAUGAUGGAUUCCUCUAUAUUGUGGAUCGCAAAAAGGAUAUGCUAAAGUAUUCGGGCUUGAUGUAUUAUCCUCAUGAGAUUGAAAACGUUAUUAGCCAAAUGCCAGAAGUUUCAGAAGUUUGUGUUUUCGGUGUCGUGAUUAAUAAUGAAGACGCCGCAGCUGCAGCAGUUGUAAAGAAAAUUGGAACCCAAUUGGAGCCUCAGGAUGUUAUUAAUUUUGUAGCGAAGAAUGUGAAGGCUAAGCAUAAGCAUUUGAAUGGCGGUGUCUUUGUGCUUGACGAUCUGAAGCGGACAAACAACGGCAAAACAGAUCGACGUGCAACAAGAUCAUACUGUCUAGAUAAGGUAGUAAAAGUCUGAUUGUGAUUAUAAUAAUAUUAAUAUCAUUUACAUAA